AGUCGGCGCCGACCUUUGCCGCUGCCCGCGCCGCGUCUGCCAACUCCCGCUGCUGCUCUCUGGGGGUCGUCGUCUCCUCACCUCGAAGCCAACAUGAAGGAGAGCCGGCUCUGCCCCGGUCUCAGCCCUUCCUAUCCGGGCAUGUGGGCGCCAGGCAACCUCACGAGUUCUCCAGGGACCCGAGAGGGGUGCGGCUCCGUGUCGGUGGCCUUCCCGAUCACCAUGUUGAUCACUGGCUUCGUGGGCAACGCGCUGGCCAUGCUACUUGUGUCGCGGAGCUACCCGCGCCGCGAGAGCAAGCGCAAGAAGUCCUUCCUGCUGUGCAUCGGCUGGCUGGCGCUCACCGACCUGGUCGGACAGCUGCUCACUACCCCGGUGGUGAUUGUCGUGUACCUGUCCAAGCAGCGCUGGGAGCAGCUCGACCCGUCGGGGCGGCUGUGCACUUUUUUUGGGCUGACCAUGACUGUCUUCGGGCUGUCUUCGCUCUUCAUCGCCAGCGCCAUGGCCGUCGAGAGGGCGCUGGCCAUCCGGGCGCCGCACUGGUACGCGAGCCACAUGAAGACGCGCGCCACCCGCGCGGUGCUGCUCGGCGUGUGGCUGGCAGUGCUCGCCUUCGCCCUGCUGCCGGUCCUGGGCGUGGGCCAGUACACUGUCCAGUGGCCCGGGACGUGGUGCUUCAUCAGCACCGGGGGAGGGGGCAACGGGACUAGCUCCCGGGACAACUGGGGCAACCUUUUCUUCGCCUCCGCCUUUGCCUUCCUGGGGCUCUCAGCGCUGGCCAUCACCUUCGCCUGCAACCUGGCCACUAUUAAGGCUCUGGUGUCUCGCUGCCGGGCCAAGGCCAUGGCGUCGCAGUCCAGCGCUCAGUGGGGCCGGAUCACAACCGAAACGGCCAUCCAGCUCAUGGGGAUCAUGUGCGUGCUGUCAGUCUGCUGGUCGCCGCUGCUGAUAAUGAUGUUGAAAAUGAUCUUCAAUCAGACAUCAGUUGAGUACUGCAAGGGUCAGAUGGAAAAGCAGAAAGAAUGCAACUUCUUCUUAAUAGCUGUUCGCCUGGCUUCACUGAACCAGAUCUUGGACCCCUGGGUUUAUCUGCUGCUAAGAAAGAUCCUUCUUCGAAAGUUUUGCCAGAUCAGGUACCAUACAAACAACUAUGCAUCCAGCUCCACUUCCUUGCCCCACCAGUGUUCCUCAACUUUGAUGUGCAGUGACUAUUCGGCAAGAUAAUGGAAGAACAGAGUUGGACUUUUAAUUGCAGUUCCUGCCUCCCUGAGUUUGUGUAUUUCUUCUCACCAGAGAAGGAGAAUUUUUAUAUUUUGAUCUGGAUUGUUUCUUCAUUUUCAUCCUGUUUUUUAUUUUAUUUUAUUUUUUCACCAGCAAUACCUACUGACACCAGGCUUACAAUUAUGAUCCAUGCCUCUGAGUAUUAAAUUGGCUUGUUUGACUAGACUUAGAAUAUGUAUUCAAGAAGUUAGGCAGGAUUUCAUUGAUGACGGUGGUGGAAAACAUGAGAAAAAAACAAAACAAAAAACCUGUGUUCCAGAUGUUUUCCCCUCACUUUCAAAUCUUCACCUGAAUCUUAGUCGAUGUAAACAUCUUUACAUUUUAUGGUAGUUAUAGUUUUACAAUAUGAGUUUGAACAAUAGGUGACUAUUUGACAGGGAAAA